GGCCUGUGGUUCAGCAUCAGACAAAGGAGGAGAACUUGAAAGAAUUCCAGCUCUUGUUCAGCUGCUGCCGCUCCUCCUCACCCAGCAGAAGCAUGAAGGUCUGUGUGGCUGCCUUCGCUGUUCUCCUCAUCGCUGCCCUCUGCUCCCAGGCCCAUUCUCAGCUUGAUGGCGUCAACACCCCAACUUCCUGCUGCUUCAGCUAUGUUUCCAAGCCAAUCCCACGGAGCCUUGUGGUGAAGUACCAGCACACCAGCAGCAAGUGCUCCUUGCCGGCUGUAAUCUUUACCACUAAAAAAGGCCGGGAAGUCUGCUCCGAUCCCAAUGCACGAUGGGUCCAGGAGUACAUCAAGCAUGUGAAACAAAACUGACAAGACCCUGACGGCAACAGCUGCUGGCAACCGUCCCGAAAGCCCUUCGAGGUCGCGGGAGGCAAUUGCUCCUCCCACAAAGAAUUUAUUUUAAUAUAUUAUUUGUAAUGUUUAUUUUUGAACUAGAACAACAAUUUAUUAUAUUUAAAUUAUUUGUGUUUAAGUUAAAUCAAUGUCCAUUUUUUCUGAUUGAACAAAAUAAAAAAAGGCAAUUGAAA